CUAUUGACUUGGUUAAUAACGAAUAAGAUAGUAAACCCAGAAAGCGAAAGCCGGCGACCGGUGUGUUAUGCAAGAAAGACAGAUGACGAAAGCGCGUUUUGACUUUGUUCUUCUUUCAGGAAUUUCUCUGCAUGAGGCGAAAUCCAGCGAAAUUUUCCGGGAAAAUUCCGGGGUUUUCUUCGGUUUUAUCAGAAUUCGGAUCGACCUGUUUCUGAUUUCGUCUAUCGGAACCAGUUUUUGCAGUCGCCAUGGGUGAUUUAGUGAAGCAGAUCCUAGCUCGCCCGAUUCAAUUAGCGGACCAGGUGGUGAAAUCCGCUGAUGAAGCGACCAUCAGCAAGCAAGAGUGCUACGAGCUGAAGUCGAAGACGGAGAAGCUGUCGGCUCUGCUCCGUCAGGCGGCGCGUGCGAGCUCCGAGCUCUACGAGCGUCCCACUCGCCGAAUCAUCGACGACACGGAGCAGGUCCUCGAGAAGGCCUUGUCGAUGGUCCGUCGAUGCCGCGACGACGGCUUCAUCAAGCGUCUCUUCAACAUCAUCCCCGCCGCGGCGUUCCGGAAGAUGUCGGCGCAGCUCGAGAACUCCGCCGGCGACGUCUCCUGGCUACUUCGCGUCUCCGCUCCCUCCGGCGACGUAGGAGAUGGAGAUGCUCACCUGGGUCUGCCUCCGAUCGCCGCGAACGACCCCAUACUAGGUCUCAUUUGGGAACAGAUCGCAAUCCUCAUGAACGGUUUGCCGGAGGACCGGGCCGACGCCGCCGCGUCGCUAGCGUCCCUCGCGCGGGGCAACGAUCGGCACAGGAAACUGAUCCUGGAGGAAGGAGGGGUAAACCCUCUUCUGAGAUUGUUGAAGGAAGGGAAGAUCGAGGGACAGGAGAAUGCAGCUAGGGCAAUCGGAUUGUUGGGCAGAGACGAAGAGAGUGUGGAGCAGAUGGUCUAUUUGGGUAUCUGCCAAGUGUUUGCCAAUAUUCUCAAGGAAGGUUCGAUGAAGGUUCAAGCCGUAGUGGCUUUUGGGGCCGUGUCGGAACUCGCCGGGAAUCAUCCGAAAUGUCAGGAACUCUUCGCUCAACACAACGUGGUUCGACUGCUCGUCAGCCACUUGGCAUUCGAAACUAUCCAAGAACACAGCAAGUACACCGUGGUCACUGGACGAGCCACGUCCAUACACCACGCCGUUGUAAUGACCAGCAAGAUGAACAACGACAACGAUAGUCACGACUUGUUGCACAUCAAUGAGGAGGAAGAGCAGAGCUUGAUCUCGCAUCCGAUGGCUAAUCAGAUACACGUGGUCACAACCACGAUGGCGAUGAAAGGGUCGGAUGGCAUCAAUGCUCAGAACGGGAUUAAGCUGCCGUAUCAAAACUUCCAUCAAUCACGGAACUCAUCUACUGCAAGAGGGAGGGAGCUUGAGGAUGCAGAGACGAAGUCCGAGAUGAAGGCAAUGGCGGCGAGAGCUUUGUGGAAACUCGCCAUGGGAAAUGCCUCCAUCUGCCAAGUCAUAACCGAAUCCCGAGCCUUGCUCUGCUUUGCUGUUCUGCUGGAGAAGGGCGACCCAGAAACCAAGUACAACUCCACCAUGGCUAUAAUGGAGAUCACGGCCAUGGCAGAGCAAAACACUGAUCUAAGGCGCUCUGCAUUCAGACGCACUUCCCCGGCCUGCAAGGCAGUGGUGGAUCAGCAGCUAUUCCGGAUCGUGGAAACCGCCGAUCCAGAUUCCGAGUUACUCAUCCCAUGCGUCAGAUCCAUAGGAAACCUUGCUCGGACAUUCAAAUCGGCCGAGACCCAGAUGAUCAUUCCUCUUGUCAAGCUCCUAGAUGACGACAGGGAACCCGAGUUAACGGCAGAAGCAGCGAUCACGCUGACAAAGUUUGUGUCGGAAGAAAACUUCUUGUGCAAGGAACACUCGAGGACGAUCAUCGAGGCAGGAGUAGCGAAGCAUCUGGUUCAGCUAGCGUAUCUAGGGGAAGGAGCUCGAAAGCCGGCUUUGAUGCUGCUAAGCUACGUGGCCAUUAACGUUCCGGACAGCGAACAGUUGGCGAAGGACGAGGUUUUGACUGUGUUGGAAUGGGCGUCGAAGCAAUCCAACAUCAGAGAUGACGAGGUUGUCGAGAGCUUGUUGUCUGAAGCCAAGUGUAGUCUCGAGCUUUAUCAGUCCAGAGGAUCCAGAGGCUUUCACUCCUGAUGAGAUUAUUGAUCUCUCUUUCUCUCUCUAAAAAUCAAUUGUUUGAUGAUAUUUGUGUUGGUUUGGUGUAUAGAUUUUAUUUUCAAUUGUACAAACAUUUU